AUGGCUUCUCGCGGUCGCUACCAGCCCCAGGAGUGGGAGCGUGAGGAGUUUGAUAAUACAUUCGAUGCACAAUACAUUGACGAAGACACACAGGGAGGUGUACAAUUGGAUCACUGCAAACUAUAUGUAACAAAUAUAUCCCGAGCUCUCAAUGAGGAGGGCCUCACUACAGCCUUCUCUAAGUACGGCACCCUCGUUAAAGUACAUGUCAGUCGAGAUCCUGCCAAGAGAUAUGCUCUGAUAACAUAUGAAACACCCGGAGAGGCGAAACUGGCUAUGAUGAAGCUGAACAAGACUGAACCGUUGAGACUAAACAUUAACAUAGCACAUAAGAAAAAUAAUCAAGAUUCGAGGGAAUCAAGGGAAGACACGAGGAAAAUGAAGCAGAGAGAUUCAAGCAGUUACCGAGAUGAUGCAAGCAUUAGUAGUAAAGGAAGGAGAAAGCAUGACGAGUUUACGAAUGGCAAUGUCAAUGAAUUGGACGACCCAAUGAACGAUGAUGAUUUGGGCUUAGACGAAGUGCUGGACACCGAGUUAGAGCUGGAACUGACCCAGCUUCGUUUCCAACAACUCAAGCUGCAGCAAGCACAGCUACGCUGCAAGCAACAGAUGCUGCUGCUCAAUAAAGGAAAGAAGGGGGGAUCAAAGUCUAGUAGAUGUAUUUUGCCGGACGGAAGGAUUGUUGUCAGGACUACUAGUGACAAAUCUGACCAGCCAGACAAUACAUAUAGCUCGGCUGCCGGUGAUUCGAGGGCGUUGAACUCUUGUUCCUGUGAGCGAUGGAUCGGCCCCGAUACUUCCGGGACGAGCACUCCCUCGACAUGCGUGCUCUGUUCCGAAGAUAGGAGCAAUAAGAAGUCUUCACCAAAAACUAAAGUAGACACUGAGAAAUCAUACAGUCUGUACGGAAUGGAUAGGUCCAAAUCUGAAUUCAGUAAGAUUGUUGCUAGGAAGAGUGAUACUGAAUUUAAGUACAGCGAUAUAUAUAGCGACAGUGACGAGGAUGAAACCAAUAGGUUAAUAGAGUUGAGGCAUUCGGACUACAAUGAUAUAGUACACGAUAGUUUGAAAAUUGUAAUAGCGCUAGACGGAUAUCCCAAGCUGAAGAUGCGCUUGAAGCAAAUGGAAAAAUUUCAACGCAGCAUCAAUGACGUCAUCAACAUGCAAUUCAAAGCCGGCCUGCUGAAGGAAACGCCGUCUUUUAUAGACUAUUAUCUGAAUAGAGGCGCCAUCGUGUGCAUAUGCAAGGACACAGAGACCAGAGAUUGGAUUUUUAGGAUAUCGCCCGGUCUAAAAGAACGUAUGUGCACGAACCUGACAUACCUGAAGUGUAAAGUGAAACGUCUUUGUCUGGCUGUGAUCAAAAUACCAAAAUCUUGUUGGCCGGCCUCCGCGCCGGAUGCCUUUAAGCUGUUGCAAUACUUCAAUCCGACGUUAAAAACUCAUCUGUGGAGGAUAUACUCCAAGAAAUGUGUGAACGACGUGGAAAUUACGUCAUUUUUAGUGGAUAGGGUAUCUGGUGAAAUUAUUCGGGGCCCCAAUUUUAAAAAUGUCAUAGAUUACAGCCAGAUGGAAUUUGAAUUGUCCGGUUAUACUGAAAUAUAUUACGAGUGUUUUAUGUCUGAGUGCGAGGAUCUGUCUAGUGUGGCGUCCAGGGCUAAGUUGUUGGAGGAGUUGAGGUCUUUGGAGACUACUCCGAGAAUUAAAUCUGAGACUGAUGAAGCGAAAAUCAAGAGCGAUUGUGAUGGAAAGACUUAUGAAGUAGAAAUUGAUAAUAUGGUUGAUAUUCACGAUGAUGAGAAAAUUAAUGAUACGGAAUGGACUGACAGCAAGAAUAUGGAGACUAUCGAGUCUGAAGGGGUUGAAAUAACGGAAGUUAGCUCAUCAGCGGUAGCCAUGUCUGAAGCGACCGGCUCUUUGAUAGAGAGCAGCGAGAAUUUAGUUAUCGGUAGAAAUAGCAACUUGAACAUAGAUAGCAACCGAGGUAUAGCUUACCAUAGACGCACUAACUACUUGCACGUUGAGAACGAAUUAAAAGUAGCGAUAGUACUAGAUGGGUAUCCCCAAAAUAAAUUGGAAGGUACCCACAUACGGCGGCUGAAGCAUCUUUUCAAGGAAUUCCUUCACAAAGAUAUGAAGAUGCAGAAGUUUAAUAAUUUGAUCAUACCGAAAUUCCAAGAUAUAUAUCUAUCCAACGGAGCAGUUAUAUAUAUAUGUGAUAGUCUCGAAACAAAGGACUAUUUGACUGAAAUAUUACCUAAGCUUAUAAAUUCGACGGGUCUUAAAUUAAGUUUUAGAGAUAUUAAAAAUUUGGUGAGGUACACGCGGGUAGUUAUGAGAUUGCCCAAGGAAUUGUCACAUUUUGAAUCCCAGUAUAUAUUGGCGCAACUUAAAAUUAAAUAUCCCAGUCUUAGGCCGGAUUGCUGGAAGUAUUAUUCAGAUGUCGCUGGGAAACAGAAACGACAGUUUGGUGUAGAGCCUGAAUCGCUAGAAGUUAUCAAAAGUGUUGACUUUGAUCCGGUAUGCGAUGGAGAGAAAUUGAAUUUCCGUGUUAUAGAUAGACAGAAACGAGAUGUCAGUUUGGACGAAUCUCAAGUUUUUGAUGCAAAACAUUCCGAAAACGAAAACACGAAGAAGGUUAGGGACAAAAUCUUGAAAGCUAUGUACAUGUUGCUUGAACCUGAAGUAUUGAACUCGCAGUUGACUAAAAUCAGAGCGAAUCACUAUUGUGAUGUUAUUGAGGACGAUCUAAAAUUAUACGUCGGGCCGGAGAAUUAUCCCGAAACGCGUAUAGAUGAAAAUCUAUUCCAUACAAUAAAGAGGACGAUAGAAAAUAUCGUUAUAGAAACCCACGGUACUAAUGGAGAUGAUUUUAUACCGAAGUUACACGACAUGUAUUUAUUCGACGGCGUCAUUUUCAUUAUAUGCCAAAACAUGCCAUCGAGACUAUGGAUUGAGAAGAACAUACCUAAUAUAAAUUACAAGCUGGACGUCGUACUUAAAGCUACAGAGUUUAGAGGAGCUGUUGGCAUUGUGAGCAUGUUGGUCAAAACUGAUAAAAGUACAGACGAUGUAAUUGAUAUUCUACAGAAACAGAAUCCUAGAUUGCGUACCAAGUUUUGGAGGAAAAUUAGUACGGUACGCAGUAGGGUGAAGAUUGACGCGGUCUUACAGAUAGAUAAGCUAUCAGCGCAAGUCAUUUCAAGCGACGGAUUUAACGCUAAAAUCGACGAUAAUAUCGUGCAAUUUAAACUAGGCCAUUUGAAGUCACUAAUCAAACCGAUACAAAAGAGACUAGAGAAGAUUUCUUCUAAGAAUACACAGAAGGAAGAUUCGAAAGUUCCAGAAAAUGAUUUAUCUAGAGAGAAUACCGUCAAUGUAGAAAAACAGGAUUCUAUAAACGAAGUUGACAGCGAGAAUAUAUUUAGUCAGUUUAAACUAAACGCUGGGGAGAGUAAGAUAUUCUAUUACACAGGCUUGAAUAGAUCGGAAAAAGACUCAGCUAAUAGCUUGAAAAUUGAUGACAAUCAAGAUUACAUGAAGAUGAUAUUGAAAGUACCCACGAAUAUUCUGCCCGAUUGCAAAGACGGUCUCGACAUUAUAUUCGAUCUCCUCGAAGAUAAGAACCCAGGUCUCAAUACGGAGUUGUGGGUAGUUGACAAACAGUCGCAGUUCAACAAGGGGAAGUUCCACAUUCUAAUCGACAAGCGAUCCGCCUCUGUAAUAAAAGGCAAGGACUUCGACGCUACGCUAGGCGGAGAGAAAAUUAAAUGUCUACUGUGA